ACAAUGACGGACAAUCGAUGGACUUCCAAUGCAGUCUCCUCCAUCCCUUUUAGAAAGUAAUAAUUCCAAAAUCUCCAAGAUAGAAAUCUUUUUACCCACUUAAAUAUUGAACUUUGUUGCUUAUUUUUCUCCCAACUCGCCGGUUAGUUGCCUACGAUCGACAGUUUCCUGUCAUUAGUGGACUUUAGACUCCAUCAGGUACAAGUACAGGUUAAUUAAGCGAUUUGGGUCGCUGUAAUCUCAUGUUAUGAUAAAUAUAGACGAAAGAUUGGAGUAAAAGAGGGUGAUAUUGUAAGAUAUGCUUAUCGCGACACACCUCCGAAUGGGACCAAGUCAACAUAUCAAACGUAAUUUGAGAUUCAACUAUUCUACGGCAUGUAUUCAUUCGGACAGGAAGUUUAUUUAUUGUGUUGCAUUUAAGUAUAUCCUUUUUGUGAAAUGAGGCCUUGGUACUACCUCUUGAAAACAUUCACCUUUAACGAUACCGGAUUGUUGUUUUUAAACAACUAGGCCUACAGGAGAGUUUUAUAAAUUUUUCGAAGGACGUAUAUUACACCUAAUCCUCGUAUCCUGUACGGUAUUUACAUCAACAUGAGCGGUUUCCCAGGUAACCUUUCAGACAGCCAGAAGGAAAAGCUGAGAAAGUUCAAAGAGAAUGUUUCAGACGUUCUGAAGCCAGAACAUGACGAUGUCAUACUUCUGAAAUUUCUUCGGGCAAGAAGAUUUGACCUGAAGAGAACAGAGAAGAUGUUCAGAAUGGACAUCAAGUGGAGGGAGGAAAAUAAAGUCAGUACUAUACUGGACUGGUACACGAUUCCUAAGGUAUUUGAGAAAUACUGGUGUGGUGGAGUAAGUGGACUGGACAAGGAGGGCCAUGCUGUCUACAUAUCACCUGUUGGAAAUUUCGAUCCCAAAGGUGUCUUGUUUUCAGCCAAAGCAAGUGACAUCCUGAAGACAUAUACACAUGCUAUAGAAUUCCAGAUCAGGAAUCAUCGACGCUUUACUGAAGAGAAAGGGCUCAAGCAUACUGAGGGAUCUUUGAUGAUCUUUGACAUGGAGAAUCUUGGUGUACAUCAUCUAUGGAAACCUGGUAUUGACAUGUUUAUCAAGACAGCAAUGAUUGCCGAGCAGCAUUAUCCUGAAUUGAUAUACCGUCUCUUCAUAAUCCGAGCACCCAAGAUCUUCCCCGUCUCCUACUCACUAGUAAAACCCUUCCUUCGCGAGGAUACCAGAAAGAAAAUACAGGUCUUGGGAAGUAAUUGGAAGGAGGUAUUAUUGAAGCAUAUCGACGCUGAUCAGCUACCAGUUUACUGGGGAGGAACUAAGACGGACCCUGAUGGAAAUGAGAUGUGUACUUCACUGAUACGAGUAGGUGGCAAAAUUCCAAAGUCCUUUUACUUGAAAGAUCGUGAACCGCCUCAUACCCUGACAACACACGAAGUGUCACGAGGGGGCGUCAUCGAAUUCAAGUAUGAAGUCAAGAAUCCAAACAGCGUCCUGAGGUAUGAGUUCCAGACGGAUUGUAAUGACAUCAAAUUCGGAUUCGACCGAGUAGACGGUAAAGGAAAGAAGACGGCAAUUUUAAAACUUGAGAAGUAUAACAGUCACAUGGUCCCAGAGAAUGGAGAAAUCAUGAUUGCAGAACCAGGGACAUACGUUGCUCGAUUUGACAACAGUCAUAGUUGGACAAAAUCAAAGAAGUUGUCCUAUUGGUUGGAGCUCCUGGAACCGAGUGACGUAGAACCUGAGUUUCAGGAGAUGACAGGAGUCGAUAGCAUCAACCUCGACGAUUAAAUAUCAUACACGACAUCAUGUGGACACGAGAAAAUCUAGAACUGUACAUAGCUUACUUAAAUGAAAUUCAAUUUCGUUCAAUGAGCAAGUAUUGAGUAAAUUUUUAUGCAUCGCUAAGAAAAAAAAUGAGAAGGAGAAAAAUGGUAACACAAAGAUAAAAAUUGCGAACGCCCCGAGCACUAAAUUGUCAUUGCGUGCAAAAAUCUUAAGUUUGUAUGUAUGAUUUUUGUUACGAGUUGUUAAACUUAACACGUUUGCCCCCCGGAUCGACGGCUCUGCGAUGGGGUGUUAUUUGCAAUAUGUCAUGAAAUCUAACGCAGGCCUAUAAAAAGUAAAAGUCAUUAUAAAUUACGAUUACAUGUCUAUUGAAAUGACCAUUUUUGUCUUUGUAAAUCAUCAUAUAGAAUUAUGAGUUUUUAAGUUUGAUUAUAAGAGUAGACAAUCAAAUGGAACAAUUACGAUUGCUAAUAUUUUGCUGUUGUGAUCAUGGUAUGAUUACGCAAAAUAUACAGAAAUAUAGAAUUAUGCGCUAUGGGCUAUAUCACUUUUACCAUGUGUGUCGGGAUUGAUUAUAUUGGAGAUGCUAGCAAUCUUUGUAUAAAGUAUUCGAUAUUGAUCAUUCAAAUAAUCAUUUUUGCUCUAAAAUCAAGAGUGAUAUAAGCAUAAUUAAAAAAUCUCGUUUUUAACUUGUACAUUAUUAUCUAAGAAUAUUUCACGGUCACAUCAAUGAAAUAUAAUGUAAAAAGAAAUGGACGUUUGCUUAAUGCAGUUACUUUAUAAUCAAUUCAAUUCAAAUAAAACAUUUAUUUUCUUCCAUUUCAUCACAUAUUUUUCUUGUAAACAUAAGUUCAUACAUAAAUAGAUUUGUUAUGAAAAAUAUAAAUAUGUACAUGUUGGGUUUAAGAAAGAAGGCGUAUACCCCAAAGGCUGAGGCUUGUGGCGGGACGCCUAUAGAUCGCAUUGGUUUAUGAAAGAAAAAUGAGGGAAAAUGCAAUGUAAUGUAAUGUGAAUAUUCCCCUCUGUAUCACAGAAAUCUUAAAGGACGAG